GAGACAAGGUCGUGGCUCGAAUCUAUGCAAUCUCACCUCAUAUGGCGAGUGAGCCCGAGGAUGUCGUUGGCUAUCCCUUUACCCACGGAAACGCCUGUGAUACCCGACGCGUUUCGUUUUUCACCUUGCAGGGCUAGCGCAUAAUCCCUAGUUGUACCAAUGGUCUCUUGUUCAUCCUCCUCAGCCCUCGCCUGAUACUGUCGAGAAAGACCGUGUCAUAUAUGGACCAGACUUUAUCGUAGCCUAAGGGUGUUCCCCCUUCUCGGCCUUUGCUUUUUCGAACUCGCUAAGGGUGAUCGCGAGGCUUGAUCCUGGUUGCCAAUAACUCAUUUUGGCACAGCCCUAUCCCAGAUCUCUUUCGACUAUGGCACGAUUCGCACAAGGAACUCCCGCUCACCUUUGGAUCGCUGUCCUGAUAUCACUGAGCUACUCGUGCUUUACUUGGUUCCUUCGAAUAUAUGCAAGAGUUGGUUAUUAUGGGAUAGAUGAUAUUGCCAUCACAGUCGCGCAUGUCACCGCCCUCGCUCAAUGGGCCUCCUUGAUGGUCGCACUCAAUAAUGGCCUUGGGGGACCAGAGGAGGCAAUCGGACACCUUACCAACAUGUCGAGAACCAUAGUUGCUAGCCAGAUACUUUACCUCCUUACUGUCGGAUUGACGAACCUGUCCUUGACACUGCUCAUGAGGAGGAUAUUUACGACCAACUCGAAACACAAACUCGGAUCUUAUAUUCUGCUUGGUGUGAUAUCAGCAUGGCUAGUCCUUGCAGUGACUGCCAUCAAGUCGAAUUGCCCAUCGACGCAUAUACUUGAAGGACAGGAGCACACAUGUCCCAACGAUAUUUAUCGGUGGAGAGCCAUAUUCGCGAUUACAAUCUGUAUCGAAGCUGCGGUGAUGGGUCUACCUAUUUACCUUGUCAGCCACCUUCGGAUCAAAGUUGGCAAGAAGAUGCUUGUUGUCUCUGCGUUCGCGUACCGAAUGCCCAUGAUCGCCUUUUCUCUGUUCUACCUGAAAGUGUACAACGAAGCAGUAAACUCGGAUGAUCGAGUCCAACAUUUUUCCAAAGUUAUCGUCUGGCAGCAAGCAUCAAUCUGUUACAGCCUCCUAUCAGCAACACUACCUUUCGUUCAAGCCUUCAUGCGCAGCUUCACGACAGGUGGUACAGCUUUUGGCAGCAUCAUAUACGGAUCGCGCAAUAGCCGUUCAAAUAGCUCUGGCGAUACUUCAAGGAGCAGAUCACGCAACGAAUCAUUCACACCACAAUUUCUGGGACGUACGAGGACAGUUUGUCGUGGAGCGGGCAAGCAGACUAACAAUGAGGCACACCGUGCAUCUGGUGGAUCUCAAGAAUUGAUUGUACGGCGCGAAGUCACUGUAGCUGUGACUCAGGGUUGAAGACUUUCAUUUCCGUUCGAGGGGAGAUCGCCUUAUACUUCAUCAAUGUCAAUCGGACAUAUUGAAAUCACAUAUUCAUGCAUAUAUAAUGACCUGUCUAAAAAAGCUGUCCAGAUCUCUGCU